GGGGUAUCCCAGGUUCACAAGGCACUCAACCGAAGCCACUGAUUGGUAUGUCAUGCGACCGAGAAAAAUAUUGACGGCACAUGGAUUGAGAACUAGUCUUCGAGCUCGUGCUCCGCGGUCUGCCAAGUGUUGAUGGAUUUCCAGCUUCGAGCCCGCCCGUCUCCCUCUCCCUGAUGGAUCGAGGAGGGGGUCGCAUGAAGGCCGAUGUAGAUAUAAGAAGCCUCUCCCUCGUCGCAUAUCUUGUCCCGUAGCAUCCAAACAUUGAGUCUACACCGCAUCGAAAUCAGCCAUUGAACUUCUACCUAGACGACCUCAGAUCGCUAGACCUUAGCACGUCUUGACCACUACCAACCCAUCUACAUAUAAACAAAUCCGACAUCAAUCACCAUACAAAGCCAUGGCCUACGCAUACUACUAUGAUCUGCCACCGCCACUCGUGGACAACCUACAUGAACGCCACCAUCAGCAUCAAAGCCUGAUGCAAUAUCUUGCACACCGACAUCCCAGACCAGAGGACCACCCCAAUCAACCAGACGUGGACUUCCGCGACGCCAUCAAAGAGUACUUGGUCGAGGUGGAAGUUCCCGGCGUCAAGAAGCCAGAUGAGGUGACAGUUGCUUGGACCGGCUCGCGAUCACUGCUUGUGACGGGGGGUAUCGCACGCCCGGACUAUGGAGCGCCCGAAAACGCCGAAGUGGAGGAAGAAAAGGACAAGCCUGCUGUAGGCGGAAUCCACCUUCUGGUGGGAGAAAGAAGGAUUGGGCCUUUCAGAAGAUAUAUCAACUUCCCAUCAGACGUUGAGAAAGUCAGCGUAACGCUGGAGGCUGGUGUGUUGAAGAUCAGGGCCCCCAAGAAAGGCUUUUCCGAGAUUGCUGACGCCAAAGUUGAUGUCAAGCACGCUGACCCUCAACCUAUUCUGCGUACUUUUGGCGGCAUUUGAUCAGCUGCAGUUUUCCCUUUGUCCUUCCGAGAGAAGAAUUUUUGCGUUGACGUUAAAUUGAGCGUUGUUGUAAUGGCUGUGGAGUCGAUAAGCUAUCACUCAGGUAUUCCUAAUCAAGCUUGAUCUUGCCAUCUACAAUUACUACUUUGUGCUUCUGUACAGCUUGAAGAGAGAUCAUUCGCCCCCUUCUUUACGAGGAAUCCCGCUCGUCUUGUGCAGUCACGCCCUUUCCCAUCACAAAUCUAUUCCUUGGUCGACCUCUGACUCCAACCUUGAGACGGAAUACGCAACCUUCGACGCCUACUGGUCUCUCAGGAUCCAACAUCGCCGACGUUAUGAAGAGUUCGUCAAAAUCUGGGCCUCCAAAACACGGACAGGUGACUCGAGACACUGGCAGAUCGAUCUUGCGAAUGACCUCCCCUUCCGGCGAUAUCUGGAGGACUGCGUAGCCUUCCCACAACGCAAGCCAGACAUUGCCGUCGGCGUCAACUGCCAGACCAUCGGGAACGGCCUCGCCAUCGUGGAUAUAGAAUGCCCGUUUGUUGCUGAUGGAGCCGGACUCUGCGUCGAAAUCGAAUGCCCACACGGUUCGAUCAUGCGAAUCUGCAAAGUACAUGACAGUAUUGUCAGAGUUCCAGCCCAGACCAUUCGCAAUUGAUAUGCCAUCCAGCAUGGUAUGAACAGAAAGAUCGGAGUCAAGACGAUACAAUGAGCUGUUGCCUGUCUCAUCAGCCCCGAACAUCCCAAUCAUCGAGCCGGCCCAGAAUCUGCCUCGACAGUCGAUAUUCCCAUCGUUCAGACGCGAUUUCUUGCCCAUAACCGGGUCAUUCUUCCAAAUGUCCACUAGUGGUCUGAAACUCUUGUCUUUCCAAUUCCAUAGAGCAAAGCCGUUUUCCGUUCCCAAAAUCAGUUCGUCUGGACGUCCUUCAAUCUCGGCGAGGACAGUUGAUAUGACUGGCAAAGGGUAAACCUCUCGCCCUCCCUUUGCAUCAAUCCGACUUCUGCUGAUAGACUUUCCGGCUAUGUCAAUCCAACACAACUCUUUAGAAUCCUCAAGGUAUAUCGGGCCUUCUCCCAAAAUAUUGCCUGCCGUGAUCCACGGUUUUAUUUCGUCGAUAGAACCCAUAGCUCGUUACCUCCUGCAAUGCAAUCUUCCAGUAGUUCCACUGAUUGCCUGUUGCACAUGAUUUUGACCAAUUUCGAUCUCAUAUGAGCACGAUGUUUUUGGCAGACAUUGGAACGCCUUCAACGGGACAACACGGAGAUUGAUGCCGACAUUUGACAAGCUGGAAAUUUUGAUGUCCACCCUAUCAUAUGCUGUUCCCUCCGCUUUUCCACCCAGCGGAGUAUGGAGAUGCCACUUAUGGAGGGCAAUUUGUGCCACCUUGCAGGUAUCUAUCCUGACGUACUUCUGCUAACACCCUACCGUUCGUGCUUCAGUCUAUGGCAGGCCGAUUGGGGAAAACAGCGCGACUGAUGUGAGUCGAGACACCCAGGGAGGUACAAUAUCGGGUCAUUCUUACGACUUUACCAUGAGUGCAAGACAUAAUUACAAGACCCUUUGCUUGAAAAUUUAUCGAAGUGUAGCGUAAGCAAUCCCUUGGCUUCUCUUCAACGUCACUAGGUUGGGACUCAUUCAAUCGAAGUGAGCUGGUACGAAGCAC